UGCAAGAAUCAUUUCACUUGAGACUACGAUGUGUUGACCAGUUGAAUCUACUAUUUCUACGGGUACAAAGUGAACCCUACCACUCCGCAUGGUUCGGUAGAUCGAGUGGUACAGUGUGGUUCGAUGGUACGCUCUAAAAUAGCAUAAACUAACCGGUCAGGCUUUGGAACUGGUACCUUGAUAUCUUGAUGUUGGUGCACUAAUUCAGUCCAUUUCGCGGUCAAUAACGUGUGUGCCAUAAUAGUGUUUUAAAGAUGUUCGCUGACAAAUUGGAACAACCACAGUGGGUGAAAACUUUCGGCAAACGACGGGGCGCGUUUGUGUCUAGGGGAUUAGUGAGCUGAACAUAUUAAUCUGGUGGGACUUUUAAACGCCAAGAAGACAAUUUUUCCGUUGUUGUUUUGUGUGAUUUUUAUGGUAUCCAGUUAAAAUGAGAUUUGUGUUGUUUUGUGCCUUUGUGUUGAGAUUUGCUCAAGGUUCUACAUCGCCGAUUCCAACUCCUAUUAGCAUCUGCGGGUCGGAAGAUGAAAUAGUUUUAGAAUCAGAAGGCGAUGCUGCAUCCAGUACCAUAAUUCUAGAAGCCAAUGCAAAUAAAUCCGAAUGUCACCUUAAGGUGGCUGCACCCAAAUCCCAUGUGGUCAAUCUGCAAUUUUUGGAAGUGAUUGACCAACCAGCGCAUAACAAGAGCGCUUAUGUGGGAAACAUGUCGAGCUGCGUUAUGAGAAUUUUUUUACCGGACAACCCAAAGACGCCCUUCUGGAGGGGCGAUCCAUGUUCAGGAGACCAAAUGCCCGAUGUCGACUUGCUAACGGCAGAAUUUAACCUGCUGUGGGAACCACCGAUAAAUCCCGCCACCCGCGUGUUUCAAAAAACCAUUGUUCUAACGGCUGUUGGAUCAGCAACGAAAAAACCGGAAGUAGUGAGUGAAACGCACAGCGCAACCGAAUCCAUCUCGGCAAUGUUGAACAAAUACGGCCCUUGGGGAUAUUUGAUGAUGGGCCUUUUGAUAUGCGGCACCGUUUUGUUCUUCUGCGGCUUAUGGGAAUGCUGUUGUAAGCGACCGAAGCCGGAGGUGGACCCGCCGCCCUCAACCACGCCCACCACCGUUUUGAUCAUGAAUUGUGAACAAGGGGCUGCGCCCCCCAUGCCGCCCCAAUAUGACGAUUUGGACCUUCCGCCCUCUUACACCACGCUGUUCCCAUUGGAGGAGGGCCGAUACACGACAAUUUCGGAAGAGGAAGAAGCGGCUGUUCCGUCCAGCAGCAGUGGCGGCGAUGACGAGAAAAACGAAGAAAUUGACCAAAGUUCGAGUGCGGAUUGUGUCCAGCCCGUUACGGUAGUGGAAACAGUUCAAAUAAAUCACGACAAUAAUAGUACUAGUCAGCAGGAGCCACCAACAGAUUUAGACUCAGUAUAGGGACUUUUUUCAAUAAUAGGCUUAUUAACUUGUGUGAUAUUACGACUGAUCAAAUAGUUAGUUCGAGUUUGUAGACGUCACGCGUAUUAUAAUAUUUAUAAUGCGAA